AUGACUUCCAAAACUUCAGAGCCUAGCAGCUCAGACGGCGAAGUCUACGCUGUGGGCGACGAGCUUCCGCCUUCGACCGGCGAGGUGCUUGGUUCCAUCGAGCCCCAUGUGUUCUCGAAUCCUCGCCGUGCGUCGCAUUGGCAGCAGAUAUACGAGAACGCGGCCUAUGAGGGAAGGCAUCGGUUCGAUGCUUCUCUGACGUGGUCUGCCGAUGAGGAAAAGAGGCUGAGAAAAAGGCUUGACUGGAGGAUAAUGGCAUGGGUUUGGGUGAUGUUCUCAAGUCUCGAUCUUGUUCGUAGAAACAUCAACCGUGCCGUGUCUGAUAACAUGCUUGACGACCUUGGAGCGAGCACGAACGAUUACAACACCGGGAACACGAUUUACCUGGUCACCUUCCUCGCCGCUGAGCUGCCUGGCGGUCUGAUCAGUAAGAAAGUCGGUCCUUUCCGAUACACCCCCACCAUCAUCAUAACCUGGGGCGUCCUGAGCGCCCUGCAGGUGUUGAUGAACAGCCGCGCCAGCUUCUGGGCUUUCCGGGCCCUCCUCGGUCUCGUCCAAGGAGGCUUCAUACCCGAAAUGGUGCUCUACCUGUCGUACUUCUACAAGAACAACGAACUGCCGUUCAAGCUCAGCAUCUUCUACACGGUCAUCCCGGUCACGCAAAUACAUGGCGCUUUGCUGGCCGCAGGCUUUCUUGAGAUGAGAGGCGUCCUUGGCUGGGCUGGAUGGCAAUGGCUCUUCCUUAUAGAAGGUCUCAUUUGCGUGGUCAUCGGCCUUGUCAGCUUCUUCGUCAUGCCCCCCUCGGUCACCGAGCCUGCUCGCGCGUUCCGGCGCCCCGACGGAACCAACAAAUGGUGGACCGAGAGGGAGGAAAAGAUCCUGGUGAACCGCACCCUCCGCGACGAUCCGACGAAAGGCGACAUGAACAAUCGCACCGCCGUUACGUUCAAGGGGCUUUGGGGUGCGCUUACAAACUAUGACCUGUGGCCCAUCUUCAUUGUUGGUAUCUUCGCGUGGAUACCGUUCCAGCCGACGGCGAACUAUCUGUCGUUGAUAUUGCGAGAGAUGGGGUACUCAGUUUUUGAGUCAAACAUGUUGACGAUUCCGAGCUACGUUAUCUUCGCCAUCAAUGUUGUCGGACUUGGUUGGUUGUCUGAGCGGUUCAAUGAGCGAUCGAUAAUCGGAUCUUUGAGCAACGUCUGGAUGCUCCCUUUCUUCAUCGCUCUCGUCUCAAUCCCGGACACAUCGAGUCCGUGGGUCCGAUAUGUCCUCAUUACCGGCAUCAACUCCAUCCCCUAUGCCCACUCGAUCUUGACUGCGGUGUACAACAUGACUUACCAGAUCGGAAGCAUCAUUGCCGCGAACAUCUAUCGCGACGAGGACAGACCGCAUUAUUACACUGCCAACAGAGCGUUGAUAGGUCUUUGUGUGGCCAAUAUUCUGCUUUUCAUUGGGAUGAAAUUCUACUACAUCUGGAGAAACCGCGUAUUGGCGAGGAGGUAUGCAGAGGCGUCUGAGGCGGAGAAGCAGACGGCCAUUGACAUGAGGUUUGCUCAUUGA